UCCUCAGAGGAUCAAGAGCUCAGCCAUAGAGCUGGAGGAAAGCGGAGUCGAUGCGUCAGAUUAAAGGGGCCCUCCAGACCUAUUCCUCACCGCACAGCUUUUCAGAUUUUAAAGCGAGGGUUAGGAGGACCAGGAGGGACACGAGGGAUGGAGGCAAAAGGCUCGAUCCUUAAUCCGAGCCAGAGACAAAGAGCGGUGACUUAAGCAACGGAGCGCGGUGAAGCCCAUUUUUCUCCUUCCUCGCAGCCGCGCCGGGCAGCCCGCGGCGCGCGGCCCCUACACUCCGGCCCGAGAUGAAUGCUGCGGCAGAAGCCGAGUUCAACAUCCUCCUGGCCACCGACUCGUACAAGGUUACUCAUUAUAAACAGUACCCACCCAACACAAGCAAAGUUUAUUCCUACUUUGAAUGCCGUGAAAAGAAGACAGAAAACUCCAAAAUAAGGAAGGUGAAAUAUGAGGAAACAGUAUUUUAUGGGUUGCAGUACAUUCUUAAUAAGUACUUAAAAGGUAAAGUAGUGACCAAAGAGAAGAUCCAGGAAGCCAAAGAGGUGUACAAAGAGCAUUUCCAAGACGAUGUCUUUAAUGAAAAGGGAUGGAACUACAUUCUUGAGAAAUAUGAUGGGCAUCUUCCAAUAGAAGUAAAAGCUGUUCCUGAGGGCUCUGUCAUUCCCAGAGGAAAUGUUCUCUUCACAGUGGAAAACACAGAUCCAGAGUGUUACUGGCUUACAAAUUGGAUUGAGACUAUUCUUGUUCAGUCCUGGUAUCCAAUCACAGUGGCCACAAAUUCUAGAGAGCAGAAGAAAAUAUUGGCCAAAUAUUUGUUAGAAACGUCUGGUAACUUAGAUGGUCUGGAGUACAAGUUACAUGAUUUUGGCUACAGAGGAGUCUCUUCCCAAGAGACUGCUGGCAUAGGAGCAUCUGCUCAUUUGGUUAACUUCAAAGGAACAGAUACAGUAGCAGGAAUUGCUUUAAUUAAAAAAUACUAUGGAACGAAAGAUCCUGUUCCAGGCUAUUCUGUUCCAGCGGCAGAACACAGUACCAUAACAGCUUGGGGGAAGGACCAUGAAAAAGAUGCUUUUGAACAUAUAGUAACACAAUUUUCAUCAGUGCCUGUAUCUGUGGUCAGCGAUAGCUAUGACAUUUAUAAUGCGUGUGAGAAAAUCUGGGGUGAAGAUCUAAGACAUUUAAUAGUAUCAAGAAGUACAGAGGCACCACUCAUAAUCAGACCUGAUUCUGGAAAUCCUCUUGACACUGUAUUAAAGGUUUUGGAUAUUUUAGGUAAGAAGUUCCCUGUUACUGAGAACUCAGAGGGCUACAAGUUGCUGCCACCUUAUCUUAGAGUUAUUCAAGGGGAUGGAGUAGAUAUUAAUACCUUACAAGAGAUUGUGGAAGGCAUGAAGCAAAAAAAAUGGAGUAUAGAAAAUGUUUCCUUCGGUUCUGGUGGAGCUUUGCUACAGAAGUUAACAAGAGAUCUCCUGAAUUGUUCCUUUAAAUGUAGUUAUGUUGUAACCAAUGGCCUUGGGAUUAAUGUCUUCAAGGACCCGGUUGCUGAUCCCAACAAAAGGUCCAAAAAGGGCCGAUUAUCAUUGCAUAGGACACCAGCAGGGAAUUUUGUUACACUUGAGGAAGGAAAAGGAGACCUUGAAGAAUAUGGUCAUGAUCUUCUCCAUACUGUCUUCAAGAAUGGGAAGGUGACAAAAAGCUAUUCAUUUGAUGAAGUAAGAAAAAAUGCACAGCUGAAUAUCGAACUGGAAGCAACACCUCAUUAGGCUUUGUUUUAUGACUGGGUAUGUGUGCGCGUGCCUGCGUGUGCGUGUGUGUGUGUUUACGUGCAUGCACACACGUAUACACCUGUGUGUGUGAGUAUGUAAUACAUAAUGUUUAUUGUACAGAUGUGUAGGGUUUCUUUGUGUUUUAUGAUACAUUACAGCCACAUUAUUUGUUGGUUUAUGGACAUACUGCCCUUUACAUUUUUUCUUUUUUCCAGUGUUUAGGUGAUCUCAAAUUAGGAAAUGCUCUUAACCAUGUAAAAGAUAAUUGCUAAAGUAAGCUUUUUAGGGCCCUUUGCCAAUAGAUAGUAAUUCAAUCUGGUAUUGAUCUUUUCACAAACAGAACCAAGAAACUUUUAUAUAUAACUGAAGAUCACAUAAAACAGAUUUGCAUAAAAUUAUCAUGAUUACUUUAUGUUUAUAUUUAACUUGUAUUUUUGUACAAACAAGAUUGUGUAAGAUAUAUUUAAAGUUUCAGUGAUUUAACAGCCUUUCCAACUUUUCAUGAUUUUUAUGAGCACAGACUUUCAAGAAAAUACUUGAAAAUAAAUUACAUUGCCUUUUGUCCAUUAAUCAGCAAAUAAAACAUGGCCUUAACAAAGUUGUUUGUGUUAUUAUACAAUUUGAAAAUUAUGUCAGGAUAUACCCAAUAGAAUUACUAAACCUCACUGCCCCUUGUAGAAUAUGUAUUAAUCAUUCUACAUUAAAGAAAAUAAUGGUUCUUACUGGAAUGUCUAGGCACUGUACAGUGAUUAUACACGUUGGUCAUUGUAUUGUACCAGUGAAAUGCCAAAUUUGAAAGGCCUGUACUGCAAUUUUAUAUGUCAGAUAUUGCCUGUGGCUCUAAUAAUGCACCUCAAGAUUUUAAGGAGAUUUUUAGAGAGAAUUUCUGCUUACACUCUAGAAUAUAUACAUAAAUGUAAAAUAUUGACAGAAAUGGAAGUAGUGUAUUUUAAAGUAAUUACACUUCUGAAUUUAUUUUUCCUAUUCUAUAGUUGAUAUGACUUAAAUGAAUUACUGGAAUGGGUAGUGAGUGUACUUAUUUUUAAUGUUUUGAUUCUGUUAUAUUUUUCAUUUUUUUCAAAAAUUAAAUUGGAUAUUCAAUUUUA